UUAAAGCAAAAAAAAAAAAAAAAACUAGAAGAAGCAGAAAAAACAAACUAACGAAAGCCGAAAAGCCCCCAAGGAAACGAUGAAAAUGAAUUAACCAGGAAAAUAUUAAACCCACUAUCAAAAAAUCUAAGUUUUUCUUUUCAUUUUUUGUUGUUGUGUUUUUCACUUUCUUCAAAUCCUCUUGCAAAGGACAAAAACAGGUUAAAUUUCAAACCACUGCCAUUUAAUAACAAAAAAACCAAACCAAAAAAAUUUGUCUUGAAUACUAUAUAACAAAUAUAUCGAAAAAAAAUCCUGACACCUUAAAAAAACUAAAAAUGAGAGUCAUUUAACUCUUAGUUGGAAUUUGUUACAGCAAAAUAAUAAUAUAAUAGCAACAACUACAACAGCAAUAAUAACAAGCAACAGCAGAAAUAAACAACAGCAACAAAACUCGUAGAAAAAGAAAAAAAACUAUUUCGUAUCUAAACUAGGCCGUAUCAUUGGCACACUCUUGUUGGGUAUAUAGCUGUGUGUGUGUGUGUCUAAUUUCUGUUGUAACAAUUUUCUUUUGUUGGGGAUAAAUGUGAGCGAGUAUUUGUUUUGUUUAGAUAUUCCAACGAAAGAAACUUUUUUUUUGUAUCAGCAAACAGUAGCAUCCUUUUGAUUUUAACUUUUCAACAAGAAAACGGAGACAAGCAGCUAUUUUCAACAAAACGCGUGUGCUGUCUAUUUUAUUUUAAUCCUUUGGAUAUCGUAGUUUUCUUGCUAGUGCUGCUGCUACAGUUUUUGCUAUUUUUAUAGUGGGAGUUGAAUACUUGGAAAACCAGCCACAACCAGCACAAGUAAAAGAAGCAACAAAACACCGUGGACCAUGCAUACUUCCAGCGGUGAUGAUGAGGCUUCUAAGGAUCCUCGUAUAGGGGAACAGGAUUUUACACAACAAUUUACAGAAAAUGAUUUUGAAGGACAUCGAGCACAUUCUGUUUAUGUGGGCGUACAUGUACCUGGCGGUCGACGCCAUUCACAAAGAAGACGCAAACAUCACCACAGCAAAAGUGAGAGUAGCGGCGAUGAAAGACAACCGGAGGUGGAAAGACCAGUGACACCACCUGCUCAACGUGUACAAUUCAUAUUGGGAGAAGAUGCCGACGAUGGAACACACGUUUCACAUCCCCUAUUCUCCGAGUAUUUAACGUUGGUUAAGGAAGGUGACGAAAUUGAAUGGAAAGAAACAGCAAGAUGGAUUAAAUUCGAAGAGGAUGUCGAGGAGGGCGGUAAUCGUUGGUCAAAGCCACAUGUGGCCACUUUGUCAUUACAUUCAUUGUUUGAACUUAGAAGCCUACUGCUAAACGGCACCGUUAUACUUGACAUGGAAGCCAAUAAUUUGGAUUUAAUAGCAGAUUUAGCCUGUGAACACAUGGUCAAUGCCAGAGCACUACCACCCGAAUCACGUGAUAAAGUUAAGGACGCUCUAUUAAGGCGUCAUCGUCAUCAGCACGAGUACAAUAAGAAAACAAAAUUGCCAAUAAUACGUUCAUUGGCAGACAUUGGUCGCAAUCAGUCAUCAUCGAAAACCGAUUUUGGUCACAUUGCCACCACUCAUCUGGGAAACAUUGGUGUUACCACCUGGUUUCAUGCGGGGGCCUCAACAGCCUCCCAAAACAGUCAAGCUAGUUGUAGUUCUCAUGGAUUUUCAACUAACAAACAUAACAAAGUGGAAGAUCAUAGUUACUCAUCAGCACCGGGUCUGACAGCAACAUCACCCCUAUCACUAACAGCCAGUACGAAUGGGAAUAAAAGUGAUGACAUCAGUGCCAUGGGUGGACGUUUCUUAACCGUACCAGGUGGCACUAAAUCACCGAAAAACCUAAGCGUGCCAAAUGAAGACAUGAUCAAAAGCCCCAGCAGCCAGUCGAUACAACGCAACAGCAGUGGCACCGAUUUGAGCGAUCAUCGCGGCAAUAUGCAUUUUAUGCGCAAAAUACCACCUGGUGCCGAAGCCAGCAAUAUUUUGGUGGGUGAAGUGGAGUUCUUGGAAAAACCUUUGGCUGGGUUUAUACGCUUAAAGGAGGCUUCUGUUAUGGGUGAUCUAACCGAAGUACCAGUUCCCACCAGAUUUAUAUUUAUAUUAUUAGGACCACCUGGCAGUCAAAGUAAUUUUCAUGAAAUUGGUCGUGCCAUGGCCACGCUGAUGUCUGAUGAAAUCUUCCAUGAAGUGGCCUAUAGAGCUCGCAAACGUGAUCAUUUGUUGGCGGGUAUAGAUGAGUUCUUGGAUGCUGUGACGGUAUUGCCACCCGGUGAAUGGGAUCCUACCAUACGUAUAGAACCUCCAGCCGCCAUUCCUUCACAAGAGAUACGCAAACGCCCACCAGAGGUACCCAAAGAAGAAGUAGACGAAGAAGAGGAAGAACAACGCCUCAGAGAAGAAUCAGGUUUAUCGCGUUCGGGUCGCUUAUUUGGUGGUUUAAUAAACGAUGUCAAACGUAAGGCUCCCUUUUAUUUAUCGGACUUUACCGAUGGCGUUUCGAUGCAGUGUGUGGCUUCUUGGAUUUUCUUGUAUUUUGCUUGUCUCUCUCCUAUUAUUACUUUCGGUGGCCUAUUGUCUCAGGCCACUGGUAAAAAUAUGGCUGCCAUGGAAUCUUUAGUAUCUGGUUUUGUAUGCGGCAUAGGUUAUGGUCUAUUCUCGGGUCAACCUUUGACCAUAUUGGGUUCAACUGGUCCGGUUUUGGUAUUCGAAACAAUUGUUUAUGAUUUUUGCUUAAAACAAGGUUGGGAUUAUAUGACCUUCCGUUUCUGGAUAGGCACUUGGAUAGCGGUAAUAUUACUGAUACUAACAGCCAUAGAUGCCAGUGCUUUGGUCUGCUAUAUAACCCGUUUCACUGAAGAAAACUUUGCCACUCUUAUUGCAUUUAUAUUUAUAAUGAAGGCUGUUGAAAAUGUUUUGAAAAUCGGUAAAAAGUUUCCGGUUAAUCAGGAGAUAUAUGAUUGUGUUUGUACUCCCCCACCGGGUAGUAAUGCCACUAUAUUGGAUUUUGCCAAAUACGAGAAAAAUUAUUGUCUGGCUAACAAUGGCACUUUAGUGGGCUUAGAUUGUGAUCUACCAGAUAACUCCAAUAUAUUCCUCAUGUCCGUUAUAUUGUUUUUGGGUACCUUUAUCAUAUCUACCAUUUUGAAAGAUUUCAAAAAUGCUUUAUUCUUCCCCACUGUGGUACGUCAAUAUAUCAGCGAUUUCUCCGUUAUUAUUGCCAUUGUCAGCAUGAGCCUGUUGGACUUUUUAAUGCAAGUGGAUACGCCUAAACUAGAGGUGCCACAUGAAUUGAAACCUACAUUGCCCAGCCGUGAUUGGCUUAUACCACCGUUUACUGAAAACAAUCCCAUCUGGUCGGCGGUUAUAGCCGUUAUACCAGCCAUGUUGGGCACUAUACUUAUAUUCAUGGAUCAACAGAUUACAGCUGUUAUUAUCAAUCGCAAAGAGAAUAAAUUGAAGAAGGGUUGUGGUUAUCAUUUGGAUCUUUUCAUUUUGGCCAUAUUAAUACAAAUCUGCAGUGUCAUGGGUUUGCCUUGGUUUGUGGCCGCUACUGUUUUAAGUAUUAAUCAUGUUAAUUCUCUAAAACAGGAAUCGGAAUGCUCAGCUCCCGGUGAAAAACCUCAAUUUUUGGGUGUUCGUGAACAGCGUGUUACACAUGUCUUGAUUUUCCUUACCAUUGGUUUGUCCGUCUUCUUAACGCCCAUUUUGUGUCAUAUUCCUAUGCCGGUUUUGUUUGGCGUUUUCCUGUAUAUGGGUGUGGCCUCGCUCAAAGGUUUACAGUUCUUCGAUCGUAUUUUAAUCAUGUUUAUGCCGGCUAAAUAUCAACCUGACUAUAUGUUCCUUAGACAGGUCCCCAUUAAACGUGUUCAUCUCUUUACAUUCAUACAAUUGGCUUGUUUGAUAGCCUUAUGGCUCAUAAAAUCCUUCUCAUCGACCUCCAUAUUGUUCCCUCUAAUGUUGGUUGUUAUGAUUGGUAUACGUAAAUCGCUGGAUUUGAUAUUCACACGCCGUGAACUUAAGAUACUCGACGACAUAAUGCCCGAGAUGACAAAGAGACAAAAUGCCGAUGAUCUACAUCAAUUGGAUGCUGAGGAUCAUCAUCAUGAUAAGUAUGAAAAAUACAAUUCAACUAUGAAUCCUGGACCCACAACUAUACAUAUACCCCUGGCAAAUGGGGGAGCCAAUAACAAUGCAACGCCCAAUCUACAAGCAAAUGUUACACAAGACGUUCAAAGAACCACCAUAUGGCAACAGGUUAAUAAGGAUGGUACAUCGGCCGAUCAAUUGAUAAUACCGGUAACUGCCAAGGUGCGACAAAUCAAUGGCAGUCAAAAUAAAAAUAAUCAACGCUUAUCUACCAUGAAUGAGGAAGAUGACGAAAAUUUAUCAACACCCAAAAAUUUCAAUAAUCUAACGCUUAAAGUUGAAGCCUGCAAGGAUAUGACCAACAAUGGUUCCAGCAAUAUUAUAGAUUUCAGCAAAAAUGAUAUAACACCCGUCUAGAUUUUAGUGGCACAUGAGCAAUUUAUUAUGAAUAUCUGUCAAUCAUGUAGUAUUUACUAAGUAUUGCUAAUUGUAAACGGUUUUGCGUUAUAUACAUAUUAACCUAUAAUUUCUCUCCAUGUACUAUUUGUAAAACGAGAAUGUAAAUUCUCGAGAUUUAUUUAUUAUUUAUUUAUAACAGAUAUCGUAGUAGAGAUUUGAUGUUUUUUAAACAAAAUAAUCUUACAUUUUAUAUUAAUAAUAACAAGUAUUAAGAUAAAAUAUGAAUAUGUAUUAAGUAAUUGUUAUACUUUUAAAAGUAAUAACAAUUAAGAUAUUGAAAAAAGAUUCCAUUUACAUUAGUACAUAUAAAUGCAGUACAUAUUAAUUAAUUGCUGUUGACUGUUCGGAAGAAAUUUAAUUUCGUAUUCUAUUUUCAAUUUUUAAAAUCAAACAAAAUUCUGUUAUUUGUUAAAUUUAGUACAAGUUGGCAAUGUCAGUUUGUUUGCGACUUUUUGAGUUUUU